GCGGAGCGAGGUGUUUGGGUUCGUUCUUAGGUGUGUUUCCGCUUUUUUUCUGCUAUUAUUCGUGAACCUUUCACGGCAGCUAUGAAAAAAGCGUUAAUAUUGUUAUCGGUCCUGUUCCUCCUAACAGGAUUUGUUAGGUCCGAAGAUCUGCUCGACGAAGAUGUUGGAAAAGUCGAAAACGAUUUGGGUGCCAGCCGAGAAGGCUCUCGAACAGAUGAUCAAGUGGUUCAGAGGGAAGAAGAAGCUAUACAGUUAGAUGGAUUAAAUGUAGCUCAAGUGAAGGAACUUAGGGACAAAGCAGAGAAAUUUGUGUUUCAAACUGAAGUCAAUCGUAUAAUGAAACUAAUUAUAAAUUCUUUGUACCGCAACAAAGAUAUUUUCCUCAGAGAACUGAUAUCUAAUUCAUCCGAUGCUUUGGACAAGAUCAGAUUAUUAUUCCUCACAAACAAGGAUGUCAUGGAUAGUAAUCCUGAGUUAACAAUAAGAAUAAAGGCAGACAAAGACAAUAAGAUAUUGAGUAUAACUGAUUCUGGUAUUGGUAUGACUAAGAAAGACCUGAUUAAUAAUCUUGGAACAAUUGCAAAGUCUGGUACUGCUGAGUUCUUGGGCAAGAUGCAGGAAACUUCAGAUCCUCAAGAUCUGAAUGCUAUGAUUGGUCAGUUUGGUGUUGGUUUUUAUUCUGCCUUCUUAGUCUCCAACACAGUAGUUGUCACAACUAAACACAACGACGACAAACAAUACAUCUGGGAAUCUGAUAGUAGCAGCUACUCUAUUGUAGAGGAUCCAAGAGGAGAUACCUUGAAGAGAGGAACAACAGUGAGUCUCCACUUGAAGGAUGAAGCAUUAGACUUUAUAGAAGAAGAUACAAUCCGCAAUUUAGUAAAGAAAUACUCACAGUUCAUUAACUUCCCUAUAUAUCUGUGGAGCAGUAAAACUAUUCAGGUCGAUGAUGAAGAAGAAGAAGAAGAGAAACCUGUGAAAGAAGAUAAAGUAUCGGACGAAGAAGAUGAUGCAAAAGUAGAGGAUGUCGAAGAGGAAAAGAAAACAAAGAAAAUAGAGAAGACUGUCUGGGAUUGGGAGUUGUUGAACGAGUCCAAACCCAUAUGGACGUUGAAACCGUCUGAAGUUGCAGAUAAAGAUUACAAUGACUUUUACAAAGCGCUCACAAAAGAUACCCAAGAUCCUCUAGCAAAAAUUCACUUUGUCGCGGAAGGUGAAGUCACCUUUAAAGCGCUUCUGUUCAUUCCUAAGGUUCAACCAGGCGACAGCUUCAAUCGUUAUGGCACUAAGGCAGAUAAUAUCAAGCUAUACGUCAGGAGAAUCUUUAUAACAGACAAAUUCACGGAUAUGAUGCCCAAUUACUUGUCUUUUAUCCGCGGUAUCGUUGACAGCGAUGAUCUGCCUCUUAAUGUCUCCCGUGAAAACUUGCAACAGCACAAGCUUAUUAAAGUAAUUAAGAAGAAGCUUAUUAGGAAAGUAUUGGACAUGAUUAAGAAGAUCCCCAAGGACGAUUAUGAGAAGUUUUGGAAGGAAUACAGUACGAACAUUAAACUGGGCGUGAUCGAAGACGGUCAGAACCGUGCUAGACUGUCGAAACUUUUGUUGUUCCAUUCCUCCACCCAAAAGGGUGCCACAACUUUGGCUGAUUAUGUGUCCCGCAUGAAAUCCAAUCAACAACAUAUCUACUAUAUUGCUGGCUCCUCGGACGAAGAAGUGAAGAAAUCACCGUUUGUCGAAAGAUUGGACAAAAAAGGAUACGAGGUUCUUUAUUUAACGGAAGCUGUCGACGAAUACGCAAUUUCCGCUCUACCCGAAUUCGAUGGUAAGAAAUUCCAAAACGUCGCGAAAGAGGGCUUCUCUCUCGACGAGGGUGACAAGGCCAAGGAAAUAAUGGAGCAACUGAAAACAACCUUCGAGCCAUUGGUCAAAUGGUUGAAUGAUAUUCUGAAGGAUCAUAUCAGUAAAGCUCAAGUUUCUGAACGUUUGACAGACUCUCCCUGCGCUUUGGUUGCCAGUAUGUUUGGAUGGACCGGAAACAUGGAAAGACUAGCGAUCUCGAAUGCUCAUCAGAAGAGCGACGAUCCGCAGAAAACUUAUUACUUAAAUCAAAAAAAGACACUGGAGAUUAAUCCAAGACAUCCAUUGAUCAGAGAACUUCUGCGCCGUGUGGAAGUAGAUGGUACUGAUGAAACAGCAAAAGACAUUGCUUUAAUGAUGUUCAGAACAGCCACUCUUAGGUCUGGAUAUAUGCUCAGAGAAACUGCCAGCUUCGCGGAUAGUGUGGAGCAGCUGAUGAGGAAAACUUUGGGUAUUUCUCUGGAUGAAGUACCAGAGGAGGAAGAGGUACAAGAAGCAGAAUCUGCCUCGGCGGAGGCUGAUUUAGAGUCGGAGAAGAUCAUGGAUAUAGAUAUGAACGAAGAAGAGAAUGAUGAAGAAAAACAUGAUGAACUGUAA